GGGGCUGGGGUUGUGCGCGGGGCCGGGGCCGGUUACCGGUCACCAUGUUGCGCUGUAUCCCGCUCUGGCGCUGCAACCGACACAUCGAGGCGGUGGACCGGCGCCACUGCUCGCUCAGCGGCGUCCCCGAGGAGAUUUACCGCUACAGCCGCAGCCUGGAGGAGCUGCUGCUCGACUCCAACCAGCUGCGGGAGCUGCCCAAGCCUUUCUUCCGGUUGCUGAACCUGCGGAAACUGGGGCUGAGCGACAAUGAGAUCCAGCGACUGCCACCGGAGGUUGCCAACUUCAUGCAGCUGGUGGAGCUCGAUAUCUCCCGCAACGAUAUUCCAGAAAUCCCCGAGAGUAUUAAAUUCUGCAAGUCUCUGGAAAUCGCUGACUUCAGUGGGAACCCUCUCUCCAGGCUGCCUGAUGGAUUCACACAGUUACGGAUCCUGGCUCAUCUCUCCCUCAAUGAUGUCUCGCUGCAAUUUCUGCCGAACGACAUUGGCAAUUUAUCGAACCUGGUUACCCUGGAACUCCGUGAGAACCUCCUGAAGACACUGCCAACGUCGCUGUCGUUCCUGGUGAAGUUGGAAGAGUUGGACCUGGGCAGCAAUGAACUUGAAGUCCUGCCGGACACACUGGGAGCCCUGCCGAACCUCCGGGAACUGUGGCUGGACAGGAACCAGCUGACUGCACUGCCACCGGAGCUGGGGAACUUGAAGCGCCUGGUCUGUCUCGACGUUUCGGAAAACAAGCUGGAGACACUCCCUGACGAGAUUAGUGGGCUGGUGGCACUGACGGACCUGCUUCUGUCCAAGAACCCUCUGGAAUCGGUGCCUGAUGGCAUCGGCCAGCUGAAGCAGUUGUCCAUCUUGAAGGUGGAUCAGAACCGGCUGACGCGACUGACAGAGGCGGUGGGGGAGUGCACUCAUAUGACAGAGCUGAUCCUCACCGAGAACCUGCUAAUGAGACUUCCCAAAUCCAUGGGGAAGAUGAAGAUGCUGACGAAUCUGAAUGUGGAUCGGAACAGAUUGGUGGAUCUUCCGGCGGAACUGGGAGGCUGCGCUGGGUUAAAUGUGCUGAGCCUCCGUGACAAUCGCCUGACCCACCUCCCGCCCGAACUGGCCAAUGCCUCGGAGAUCCAUGUCCUGGAUGUGGCCGGCAACAGGUUGCUGAAUCUGCCCUUUGCUCUGACCAACCUGAACCUGAAGGCCCUGUGGCUUGCGGAGAACCAGUCGCAGCCGAUGCUGAAGUUUCAAACUGAGGACGAUGAGAAGACGGGUGAGAAGGUUCUGACCUGCUACCUGCUGCCACAGCAGCCGUCCCCCAGUCUGGAGAACCUGUUGACGGACAGCGUGGAUGAGCCAUGGGCAGAGCCCAACCUGAACCGUGUCAGUGUGAUCCAGUUCCAGGAGGAGCCCAGAGACGGCGAGGACAUCGAGGAGGAGGCAGAGAGACGCGGCCGGUUACAGCGCCGAGCAACUCCUCACCCCAGUGAGCUGAAGGUGAUGAAACAGGCCAUCGAAGACCGCAGGGGUGAGCCACUCACCGCCAGGGCAGAGGACUCUCCUCCAUCACCAGAUUCUCCCGAGCCCCAGAAGAGGCUGCAGGACUGCCACCUGCCCAACGGAGAGGUCUGCCCCGCCACUGGGGAGCCUGCACUCACCACCAGCCGACGGACUGAGGAAGAGGUUGUGGUGGAACAGAACAGGAAGCUGGAGGGGCAGAGUGAGGAGAAAGGCGAAGAAGAUGAUGAAGAUGGAUACUUUGAGCCCACCGUGCGGUUCAUGGAGGAUACAGUCGUGCGCGGAGAAGAGGAGGGGGCUGGCGAGGGGGAGUUCUUUGUGGCCGAGAAGCAGCGUCUGAUCCGCAAGGACACCCCUCACUACAAGAAACAGUUCAAGAUCCAGAAGCUGCCGCGGCCAGAGGCAGUGCUGGCCAUACUACAGGGGCUGAGCAGCCCUGAGCUGCAGAACGAGGGAGAGCAGGUCCCAGCGCCAAGCCUCAGCUCGCCGCUGCACCACCUGCAGGAGGUUAGAGAUGACAGGCUCUCCCAGCCCCCCGUGAAGGGGGUCUCCUUUGAUCAAGUCAAUAAUCUGCUGAUCGAGCCUGCUCGAAUUGAGGAGGAAGAGCUGACGCUGACCAUCCACCGCAAAACAGGGGGCCUGGGCAUCAGCAUCGCUGGCGGCAAAGGCUCUACACCCUACAAGGGUGAGGACGAGGGAAUCUUCAUCUCCCGCGUGUCGGAGGAGGGCCCCGCAGCUCAGGCUGGUGUGAGAGUGGGGGACAAACUGCUGGAGGUGAACAGUGUGGGUCUGCAGGACGCGGAGCACCAGCGGGCAGUGGAGGCGUUGCGGAGUUCAGGGGGAGUGGUGACCAUGGCGGUGCUGCGGGAGAGCAUGGUGGAGCCGGAGAACGCGGUGACCGUCACCCCGCUGCGGCCCGAGGACGACUAUGCCCCGCGGGAGCGGCGGGCGGGCCGGCGCGGUGACACCGGCACCAAGGAGCUGCUCUGCACCUCACUGGCCCGAGACGACCGCGGGCUGGGCUUCAGCAUCGCCGGGGGAAAGGGGUCUACCCCCUACCGCACCGGGGAGACGGCCAUCUUCAUCUCGCGGUUAGCGGAGGGCGGCUGUGCUCACAGGGACGGCAUCCUGCGUGUCGGUGACUGUGUCAUCUCGAUCAAUGGGGUAGAGAUGGCAGAAGCCAGGCAUGACCAGGCAGUAGCUCUCCUUACGGGCACAGCGCCCACCAUCACACUGGUCGUGGAGCGCCAGCUGCCCGAGGCUGACCAGCCAGCCGACGGCACUGUGCCCGGCUCCCCCAUCCCGGCACCCGGCCAGCCUCCGUCCCCACCCCCACCGGCAGCCUUGCCCGAUGACCCCGACAGCCCCGGCAACAUCUUCACCACCAAUGCUGGCAGUCCCGGCAACACCGGCACCUCCAGCAUCAUCGGCACUGGCGAUGCCGGCAGCCCUGGAAUCACCGGCACCACCAGCAUCACCGGCACUGGCACUGCCGGCAGCCCUGGAUUCACCAGCAUCAUCGGCACUGGCACUGCCGGCAGCCCUGGAUUCACCAGCAUCACCGGCACUGGCACUGCCGGCAGCCCUGGAUUCACCAGCAUCACCGGCAUCACCGGCACCUCCAUCAUCAUCGGCAGCCCCGGCAUCACCGGCAACAUCAGCACUGGCACUGCCGGCAGUCCUGGCAUCACCGGGCAUGUUGUCACUGCCAGCCCCGGCAUCGCCGCGAACAUCAUCAGCCCCGGCAUCACCGAAACCAGCGGCACACAGCCGAACCACCUGACCAGCGAGGACCAGUACCCCGUGGAGGAGGUGACGUUACUGAAGACGGGUGGGCCGCUGGGCCUGAGCAUAGUGGGGGGCAGUGAUCACGCCAGCCAUCCCUUUGGCAUCUGUCAGCCCGGCGUCUUCAUCUCAAAGGUGGUUGGCGAGGGGCUGGCGGCACGUGCUGGGCUGCGGGUGGGCGAUCGUAUCCUGGAGGUGAACGGCACGGACCUGCGGCACGCGGCUCACCAGGAUGCAGUGACAGCCCUGCUGACCAACCAGCACCACAUCCAGCUACUGCUCCGCAGGGACCCCCCGCCUCCCGGCAUGCAGGAGAUUCGGAUCGACAAGUUGCCCGGGGAGAAGCUGGGGAUCAGUGUACGAGGGGGAGCCAAGGGCCACGCGGGCAACCCCUUCGAUGCCACCGAUGAGGGCAUCUUCAUCUCCAAGGUGAGCUCAGGGGGAGCGGCGGCGAGGGACGGGAGGCUGCAGACGGGGCUGCGUAUUCUGGAGGUCAACAACCACAGCCUGCUGGGGACCACCCACGCCGAGGCCGUGCGAAUCCUGCGAGCUGUCGGCGACACCCUCACCAUCCUGGUGUGUGACGGCUUCCCACCCAGCGCUCUCUCCACCACUGCCGUCGAGUCCUCUCCCGGAAUCAUUGUUAACCCUUUUGCUGCUGGGAUGGGUCGAAAGAACAGCAUGGAGAGCAUCUCGUCCAUCGAUCGGGAUAUGAGCCCUGAGGAGGUGGACAUCCUGCAGAAGGAGAUUGAAAUGGUUCGCGAGUCCUCACUGUGGGAGCAGGAAGAGUUGGAGAAUGUGGAGAGGAUGCGUCGGGAGCAAGAGGAGGCCACACGGCGGCUGGAGGAGGAGGAGGCAGAGAAUCGCACGACCGAACCCCUCAAACUGGACUACAGAACCCUGGCAGCCUUGCCCAGCACUGGCAUACAGAGGGUUAGCCGGCCGCCCAGCUCCAGCAACAGUCCGGUUUGUGGAAGCAGUGUCCCGCGGGAAUUCACCAGCUCACCCACCCUCCAGCUGGAUCUGCCAGUACACAGAAACAUCAGGGCCAAGUCUGCCACUGAGCCCUGUUCCCCUGGCGGCCCCAACAGCCCGGAGCAGCAGUCGUUCCGCGAGCGGCAGCAAUACUUUGAGAUGGAGGUGAGGCCACUGGCCUCCGACAGGCCCAAGCGAGUCUCCCUCGUCGCUGAGGACGACCUGAGGAAGAUGAGGGAGGAGGAGGAGUGGAAGAUGAGGCACGGUACGCCGGGGGUGGUGCUGCAGGAGGAGGAGGAUGAGGAGGAGGAGGAGAGGAAAGCGGCUGAGCUCAGUGUUCAGGGCACGGUGGUGAUCGAAGGCGUCGAGUACAAGAUCGAGCGUGUGGACCGCAGCUUCCGGGACUCCCCGCCCACCGGGGGCUGCCGCUCGGAACGAGCCGGGACCGGGGACGGGACGGUCAAUGAGGAGCGGCCAAACUCAGGCACGGGCUUCUCCCCGGCAUUCUCCGAGCCCCCGGCUCCAAUCCGGACAGCCAAGGCCGAGCGGCGAUACCAGGAGAAGCUCCGGAUGCAGAGCCCCGAUCUACCGGUGGCUCGGGACAAAGAGUUGUCUCCGGCAGAGAAACGGGCCAUGGAGGCAGAGAAACGGGCCAUGUGGAGAGCAGCGAGACACCAGGCGCUGGAGGAUGACCUCAGACACUAUGAGCGUGACCGUGCGCGGCGGGUGAGACAGUGCAGCCAGCGGGCACCGCAGAGCCCUGCGCCCGUCCCCGCGCCCAGCCCCACCGCCAGCUUCAAGGUGUUGCCGCUGGCUCGGCCCCAGCUGCCCUGCAGCAACCUCAGGAUGAAGUCUCUGGAACAGGACGCUCUCAGGGCACAGAUGGUGAUCGCCAAGUCAAAGGAGACGAGGAAACGCAGCCCUCUCGACCACCUCUCCGAGUCCCCCUCACCGGCCCCAACUCCCUCGCCCCCACCACUGGACGAUCACAGCCCACGCAGUGUCACCUCCCCCGGGAGACUGUCCUGGUCAGAAAAGAAGUUUGAUUACCGCCAGUUUGCAGCUAUCCCAUCAUCCAAACCGGUGUACGAGAUCCAGUCACCAGAUCUUGUGGACGACGGGACAAAUGUUACUGACGCCAGCCCAUCAGGUGGACGGCUGGGCGUGGAUGUGGAGGAAGUGGGGGAGCACCGGCCGGUGCCCACCCUGAUGACUCUGGGCACGGUGGGCAGUUUUGGCCACCAGCGGCCACUGCCCACUCACCCGCGCAGCGCAGAGGCAAUGGCGCCCACGUGAGCUGCCCCCUCCCGCGACUCGCACACACUUCUCUCUCGUAGCUGAAUCGGAUCUUAAAUUCGGGGCAGAGACUAAUGCCGUAGGGUUUUGUAUGGUUUUUAAUGAGGAGGGGGGUGGGCUGCAGUGGGGCGUGGGUUUAGAGGCCACCUCUUAGUGUGAUUCAGGGCUGCCCUCUGCCCCUGGGGCUUGUAGUGGUGGCAGGUGUGUGCCUGUAGUGGAGAUGGGGAGAGUGGGGGCAGCACCAGCCUGGCAACACAGGGGCCCCAACCCUGGGUCCCCACCAUGCUCUGUCACCAGGAUCACGGGCACCCCUGGCUGGUGUAUUCCCUUCUUCCCGAAGGAGGGGCAGUGGGCCCUGUCCCACCCCUCCCCUGGGAUGUGGAGGAGUUAGGGGUGAGUGCUGACUGCUUUAUAUAGAGCCGUUGACCCAGCCUUGCGUAGGAUUGUUUGUGCUGCUAACUGGGUGAGGGUUUUUUUAGAUGACGGGGUGGGGGGGGGGGGGGGGGGGAAGGGGUCAGUGAGGGGAAUCUCAGCGCCUCAUCUGCAGUUGGGGGGCAUUCUGAGAACAGCCCUCCACUGCCUCUAAAGCUGUGAACGGUUUGAGGGCAAUUGGUGAUCCCUGGGGUGAUUGAUCAUCUGAGGGUAAUGGAUGAUCCCAGGGGUGACUGGCCCCAGUCACUACAUUGAAGGCAACAGUGUUCUGCAGAUCCUGGGCUUGACUCAUCUCAGGCUCGGAACUCCUGACUUUGUACAACCAAAGACCUAUAUUUUCAUCUCCAGGGUUCAUUAAAGGUUGCUUUCAUUUUACAA